AAGCAUCUCCAACAAGUCCCAUUCAGCAUAUUCAGAACUGCUGUCUACAAAUACAACAUACUCCUGAUAUAAACUUACUCGUGCAUAGUUCUCUGGCUUCCAUAUCGUCAUUCACAAGCCACAAUGAAGCUCCUCCCAGUCCUCGUCGCAGCAACGCUGUCCCUCGUCCAGCUAGCCACUUCCUCCGGGCUAGAGAUCGAGUACCUCACCCCUGAGAUUGAGUGCACCCGCAAGACCCAAAAAGGGGACAACAUCGAGGUACACUACGCUGGAUCGCUACAGAGCACAGGCAAGGAGUUCGACUCGAGCUACUCUCGCGGCAAGCCGUUACCGUUCCAGCUUGGUGCAGGAAGAGUGAUCAAGGGAUGGGACGAGGGUCUUGUGGAUAUGUGUAUUGGCGAGAAGAGACGGUUGACUAUUCCUCCGGAGAUGGGAUACGGUGAUCGAGGUGUUGGGCCCAUCCCGGGGAACAGUGUGCUCGUGUUCGAGACGGAGUUGAUGGGGAUCAAAGGCGUCAAGAAGGAUGAGUUGUGAAUGUGCCUACGGACGCUGGACAAUUGGGCCUUGGAAGGCCACGCAGUGGCUACAAACCUCGUCCGGUCUGUCGUUAGGGACGACUGGAUCUGGACUGGACACUCUCACGCAUAGAAAAGGACUUGAAGAUAUUGACAAAA